GACUUCGGGCUUUCUCUAUAAGACCAGGCGACUCCCAAGUCUCCAAUCAAACAAGGAUCAUCCAAUCUCUUUUCAAUCUUUUUAUAUUGCGCCGCCUCCACACCCACCAAGCAAUUCUCUACCAAUUUCUCUUUGCCCAAAGACAAACAGAGGCAUGAUUGAUGCUCUCGGCUCCAUGAAUAUCUGUCAAGUGGUUCUACUCGCUUUUGUUCUAUUUCUAUCGAGGCCUACCAGUGUCGAGCCGAAUCAUCGACGGAACGCUUCAUCCUGUGGUGACAUUCACAAUAUAAGCUACCCAUUUCGACUGAAGAGUAACUCAAAAGGAUUGGGUGCCAAUAUGUUGGAUUUGACUUGUGAAGAUAAUCACACCGUUCAAUACAUCCUUGAUGGCCGAUACUAUGUGCAGUCUAUCAACUAUACUGCUAGCGAAAUCAGGUUUGUCGACGACGGGUUGCAAAAGGAUGACUGCUCAUCUCUUCCCCGUAAUUCUGUGUUGGGCUAUAAGCUCCAGAGCAGCGCCUAUAGUCAAAAUACAUUGGUUAUUAUGAACUGUUCAAAGCCGGUUAGUUCUCCAUUCUAUAUCGCUACAGGUCCAUGCAUCGAGGGGUCUUCCAACACGUCAUCGAAUUGGAACUUGUACGCUUUGCUCAAUCCAAAAGCAUCGGAUGUUAGGGACUUUUGCAACAUUAGCAGGUGGACAUGGGUAGAUUAUUUUCCGGUUGGACAACGCAUUAACAGUAGCUCCUACAACUACGAGCAAAUCCAUAGCAUCAUGGCCGAUGGAUUUGUUGUGAGCUACGGUCGUGGAUCUACAGCGAAGAAAACUUUCUUCUGCUACUUCAAUUUGUAUGGCUACUUUCAUUUCUAUAACAACUUUUAUUCCAGUCGCUUAUCAAUGAGCGAUUCCGGCGGUCAGGUUUGCGGAUCCAUGCACUACUAUGGCGGCGUCCUCGACGAUAUUGCAUUUUGGAUUGCUUGGGAUUUUACAAUACCAUUAGUGCUUUUCUGUGCAGUGAAGUUUGUAAUCGGGAUGCCAGUUGUCGUGAUAUUUCUAAUCUACACAUACAGAAGAAGGCACUUAGCAAUGGACAAGAACGUCGAAGAAUUUUUGCAAGCUCAUAACAACUUUUUGCCCAUAAGGUACUCUUACUCGAAUAUUAAGAAGAUCACCAGAAAUUUUAAGCACAAACUAGGUGAGGGGGGAUAUGGCUCUGUGUACAAAGGAAAGCUCAGAAGCGGCAACGAAGUGGCCAUCAAGAUUUUGAAGCAGUCCAAGGCCCAUGGCCAAGAUUUUAUCAAUGAAGUGGCUACUAUUAGAAGAAUUCACCAUGUUAAUGUCGUGCAACUCAUCGGAUUUUGCUUUGAAGGAUCGAAACAAGCUCUCGUGUAUGAUUUCAUGUCAAAUGGAUCUUUGGAUAAGCACAUUUUCACUAAGGAAGGUGAUAAGUUUCUUGAUUGCAAGAAAAUAAAUGAGAUCCCUCUUGGAGUGGCGAAGGGGAUUGAAUAUUUACAUCGGGGGUGUGACAUGCAAAUACUACACUUUGAUAUCAAACCUCACAACAUUCUUUUAGACAAGAAUUUCACUCCGAAAGUUUCUGAUUUUGGACUCGCAAAACUUUAUCCCGUUGAUCACAGCAUAGUCUUAAUGAUUGCUGCAAGAGGAACCUUGGGAUAUAUGGCGCCUGAGUUGUUCUACAAAAACAUCGGUGGUGUAUCUUAUAAAGCGGAUGUCUAUAGCUUCGGGAUGAUGCUCAUGGAAAUGGCAGGCCGAAGGAAGAAUAUAAAUGCAAAUGCGGAACGCUCAAGCCAAAUUUAUUUUCCGCUAUGGGUGUACGACCAAGUCAAUGAAGGAGAAAGUGUUGACAUGGAAGAAGUUGUUGAAGAGGAAAGGCGGGUGAUAAAAAAGAUGAUAAUAGUUGCACUUUGGUGUAUACAAUUAAUACUUGACCAUCAGCCUCCAAUGAACAAAGUCUUAGAGAUGCUUGAAGGAGACAUUGGUAAUAUUCAAAUGCCUCCUAAACCGCUUAUUUACCCACCGGAUGAGCCAGUUGACGAUGACAAAGUUGAGAUGGAACUAGAAACAUUAUCAACUUCAUCAAGUGCUCCCACAAUUUCUGCUAGUUUUCCCUUUGGAGAUAGCAAUGAUGUUUAGGGUAACUUUCACAGUUUGA